GGGGAUAGCAAUGUGAUGGGUACCAAAGUGAUGAGGAGACGCGACAAGGACAAAGUACAGAAGUACACAGAGAGAGGACAACAGUAUCACCUUAUUGAGCUGCCACUUGCUUAAGCGAAGACGAGCUUUAAUCGACUUCCAGUCUUGAUUUUGUUCGUCCCUGAAAGAAUUUUCAUCCUGUGUAAGCAAGUGCACGGACCAUGAGGCUGGUGUCGCGGAUGACGCGUGCAAAAUGAUGCCCUUGGCUGGGGCAUACUCUCUUGCUUCUCAUUCAGUCCUUCCACCCUUCCCUACUCUGCACUGCCGAUGUAAAACAACAAUGGGUCUAAAAGACUGGUUCCCAUUCAUCCGUCGGAAUGGUUAUGAUCCUUCGGUCAUCCACGUAUCGACGAUGGAGACGGCCAUGGGCAUUCGAAAAGGUCGAAUCGAUGUCUUGUCCUUUUAUUCCGUGAUCAGGAACACCUAUUCCUACAAUACUCCCGAACGGGCUCAUGCGAUCCUUGGACAACAUUUGAUGCGCUUUGGCCCCAGGUCGAACCUGGUUCUAUACGUCGAUGGAGGACAAGCUGUCGAGAAGCAGCACACAGCCGAGAUUCGCAGGGCUUCUCGGGAAAAGGCAACUGUCCAAUGCACGAAAAGCCUGGACGAGCUCGAACGGCACAUCAACAACAACCUCAAACCGCGGAAGCGCCAUUUCACCGAUGUCAGGACCAGUCUGGCCGCUACAUUCUACUGGACAUCGCCUAACCGCCAAGCAUUCCUCACAUACAUGAAACAAGCUGGCUGGACAGUACGGAUCUGCGAUACGGAAGCGGAUCUUGUGAUUGCCACUGAUUGCGGACCCGAUGAUAUCGUCAUCUGAUAUGUUGGCCUAUGUUUCCGUCUGUACUCUGUGGCGUCCCAUUUCGAAAUACCUUGUCCUGGUAUACAAGCUCGCGGAUGUUUGUCAGCAACUUGGAUUGUCUCGAGAUCAUCUCACUGCCCUCGCCGUGGUAUCAUCGAAUGACUACAACAAGAACAUCUAUUCGCUCGGCCCGGCCACAAACUAGUCCAUCAUCAAGAGUCUCAAUGCGCAGGACACAGAGUCCAUCGUAACUGCAU